AUGGGUUCUGAGAUAACGUCCGAAAAAUCCACCGUAGCAAGAAGAUGUGAACUGUGUACACUUAUCUGGCAGGAACUUGGUGGUGCACGAAAUUCGGAGGCACCUGAUCAUGCCAGAGUGAAUAAUCUUUCGGAUGGCAGAAAUACAAUCACAAACCCAAAAAUAACGACCGAGAUCUCCCAAAUCAUUCGAGAGGAACUUUGUCGGUUUUGUGAGAACACGACGAUUCGGGGUCUACCACGUAUUGUACGCGCCCAUAGUCGAUCGCUUCGUCUGCUAUGGUCAGCACUGGUGACAAUAUUGAUGCUUGGUUGCACCACAUGUUUGCUUUUCCUUGGUCGCCAAUAUCUGGAAUACAAUGUCAUUCAUCCACCUCGAGUGUUGCGCCAUACUUCCAGUCCGUUUCCGGCUGUUACGGUUUGCAAUCUCAGGCCCAUCUCACCCGAUGGAGUAAGGCAGUUUGGUAUGGAUUUAGCGCGUUUCACGCAACAUUUUUAUUACAAUGCUGGGCGAAAAGAAGAUUAUAAAAUGGCAAGCGCUGCCAUUUCAUUUGCUGGUUUCUUGGAAAGUUUGCCAAACGACGAGGAACGAAGGAAACUGGGCUACUUGCAUGAGAAGUUGAUAAUAAAGUGCCAGCCCCUGUGGACAGAUGAUGUGAGGCGUCUUCAGGUUUUCGACCACCGAUGCCUCAGAAGCGUGGCUGGUUUUGGAUGGCGUCAGCGUGUUAGUAACACGGUGAUUAGAAAACGGGUACUUGGUUGUGCAGCAGAUAUUUCACUCGGGGAAAACAUCCAACACCAGCGACUACGCUGGCUCGGUCAUGUGCUAUGCAUGCCGAAACACCGUCUACCAAGACGAGUGUUGUUCUCCAUGCCUCCUUUAGGAUGGUGCAAACCGCGAGGUGGACAACGCAUGACUUGGCAGAGGAUGGAUGUCAGCACGCGCACUGAAAUACUGAAACCCAAUUAUUCUCUUGAUGAAAGCGCCACCGCUGCACUUCGUGGGUACAAAACCAAACAUGGUCUCAUCAAAAAUCAAUUCACCGUGUCGACCAUUACACGACUGAUUGCGAAAUUUGAGUCCGUUGGAUUUGAUUUUCCUGGCAAAGGGAGAAAGUCUCUGAGUGAUGGAAGAGCGCCCAUUCUACAGAAUCCCGUUGAGCAACUUCAGUCCCAGAGCACCAUGGCAUCUUCGUCAAUAAUUCAGGUGUCUCAGUUGACUGGCAUUCCCCGCGCCAGCGUGCAUCGUGUUAUGAAACGCCACCUUGGUGGAGUUAAGAACAAGAAUUGA